AUGUGCCUCACAGUACCUUACCGAAUACCAGUGUCAACACAUAAGUUGGUUAGCGUGGCAUCGGCUUCACUUCCUGCCCCCGCCUACAAAGCUGACGGCUCUGAAGAAGGCGAUGAUGCCGAAACGUUAGCCAGAAUAAAGAUUGAUAACAAUUUUGGUUUCGCUCAGAAAAAAGAUCGACAAGUUGCUACCGUACCUGUCCUCGAGGUUGAAAGUGCUGAAUUAGUACAUCGUCGAACAUUUGACGAGCGAAUAGCAAUCAACAGAUAUACACUUUCGCAUUUCUUCGAAUAUUUCAAUUGUGAGGAGCAAUCAAAGGAGUGGUCAAUGUCAUCAAGUAGAGACAUUCCAAAACACAUGAAAUUUAUCCUUGGCGGAUCAGCAGGGAUGAGCGCAACACUUAUUGUUCAUCCACUAGAUUUUAUGAAAAAUCGAAUGCAGCUAUCCGGGAAAGAUGGACAAAAACGUUAUCGAUCAAGCUAUCAUGCAUUUAAAUCGAUCACUAGCAGCGAAGGAAUCCUUGUUGUCUAUAACGGGCUUAGUGCCUCGCUUGUCAGACAGGCAACUUAUACAAGCACGAGACUUGGUGUAUAUACAUGGCUGAUGGAACACUUUAUGACCAAAAACCAGCCGAUACCAUAUCUGGGGAAAGUAGCACUAGGAAUGACAGCUGGAGUAUGUGGAGCUCUCGUAGGGAAUCCUGUAGAAGUCGUUCUCAUUCGAAUGUGUGUUGAUGGCCAUUUGCCGGUAGAGCAACGACGAAACUACAAGAAUGUGUUCCACGCACUAUAUCACAUAGUAAAAUUUGAAGGAGCUACUACAUUAUAUCGAGGGUGCAGUCCAACAGUAGUUCGUUGUAUGGUUCUGAAUGCAACACAGUUGUCUACAUAUUCGCAAGCCAAACAAUUCUGCAUAGAAAGCACUAGCAUUGGAGAUGGUUUUCUGUGCCACGUUCUUUCGUCAAUGAUUUCUGGCCUUGCAUCUGCAAUAACCUCGUUACCUGUUGAUAUUCUGAAAACUAGCAACUUGGUGCCUGGAGACUUUGGAAUGGCUGCGACAGUGGCGUUUUUCCACACCUCCGGAGCUUCACCUAAUGAUAUUCAAAUGAUAUCAGUAGGAUGGAAAAACAUGUUACUGCAUUGCUGUUGGAGAGGAGCUAUGCCAACAGUUUCUGGAAUGAAGUUUGAAGAAAACACAUUGGCAAAAUGCAUAGCUAGAGGUUUAGCUUUAUCUGCAUCUGUAACAUAG